AUGGUUGCCGAAGAGGUGGCGGCCUACAAGCCCAUCUCGUGGUGGCACGAGGAGAAGCCGUCAUGGGCACGUCAACUGACGCUGAAGUUUCUAAAGCUCAACGGGCCGAUCCCCAACCACGUCGCGGUGAUAAUGGACGGCAAUCGACGCUACGCACGUGGGCACCACAUGGCCACCGUUGUCAAGGGGCACGAGCGUGGCUUUUUACAACUGCAAAAGGUCCUGUGCUGGUGCAGGGAUAUGGGGAUUCACGAAGUCACCGUGUACGCCUUUUCCAUCGAGAACUUCAAACGCUCCCAAGAAGAAGUAGACGGACUGAUGGACCUGGCCGAGGAGCAGUUCGCCAAGCUUUUACAAGAGAGCGAUGAGUUGGACGACAAGAAGGUAUGCUUCCGUUUUUGGGGGCGACUCGAACUGCUGCGGCCAACGUUGCGGCGUCUUCUCGUGGAAGUGGAGAGAAGGACGGCCAACUACUCUAGGUCGAUACUCAACAUCUGCAUAGCCUACACGGCCAAGGAUGAAGCCCUACGUGCGGCCCAGUUGAUAAAGACGGCUUCCGAAGCGGGGUUAAUUGAUGACCAACAAGUGAACAUGCCAGUGCUCCGAGAGUGCAUGGAUUCCCGACGAUCCCUCGACCCGGAUUUGAUAAUCCGAACCAGUGGUGAGCAGCGCUGGUCGGAUUUCAUGUUGAUUCAGGGGUGCUUCACGCACGUCCACUUCUCCAACGUUCUUUGGCCCGAAUUCGAGCACCGCCACCUAUUCUGGGCCAUCUACGACUACCAACGGCACUGCCGGGGGAUACAGGCAUUGCCCCAUUGUGAUGAUCUGCCGAGUGACUGUGUGCCCGAUGAGUUGCAAGAUUUCAUCGCUGCUCGUCACGAAAAACGCCUCCAAAGCCUACUCGAUGAC